AUGGCUCAGCCGCAAGAAUAUUCAACUCCAUCCUUAAACAGCAAUGUCUACGGCGUCUACAGUCAAAACAAUAAUGAUGGGUACGGCGACAAUGACGACGCGGACAUGUCUUCCUCUAUCAUGAGCUUCGACCAGCCAAACCUCAACGAGAUUGCCCUUCAAACGGCCUUGAUGGCUUCCGAUCCUGCAUUAGAUAUCGACAUGCAAGAUGAUGCCCAUGAUGAUUACGACUUUGUUCACGACUACGAGAAUUUGUACAUGCCCGACAUCGUUGAGUCCUUCGACGAGCCAGAUCAGGACGACGUCGCAUAA